ACAUCCGUAGCUGCGGACAGUUUUUCGGAAAAGGAACUGUAGCGAGUUGCUCGCGCGCCCAAGGGCCAAAACCCUAGUAGGUCAGAACACCGACGUGGACCCUACCCUUUAUAUUGCCAUUGAAGCUUCCUCACCUGCUUCUGCUUGCGAACCCAAACACCAUGACGAAGCCCAGCUCCGACAAGGCCGCCUCCGGUUCCUUAACCGUGGACCAGAAGGCCUUUCUCCACGAGGCCGUGGCUCAAUUCUUGGACCGCAAAGGGUUCUCCAAGACGCUCAAGAAGUUUCGAUCCGAAGCUAAAGUCGAGAAAGAUUGUUUGAAGGGCUCGACUUUGGAUUUGGAAGAGAUGUACUAUAAGUAUUUGGAGACGUGGAAUCAUCCGAAUAAUAAAGUCAAGAACCAGAAUGAGCAAUAUACGAAGAACAAUGACAUGGGUAAAAGAGAUGGAGAAGGUGACUCCACUGUGGCCUUGGAAACAGGGAGUAAGAAAAAUAAGAAAAGGAGCGAGAGUGAUAAAUGUAAUGUUGUCAGUCAAUUUGGAGCCACAGCUGAACUUAUUGAUUCUAAAAACUCCAAGGAGCAAAUAACAAAUGGUGCAACUUCAGAAUCAAAUGUAAAAGACUCUGAAUUGCUUAUGGAGGAACAUGAAAAGAAAAAGAAGCAGAAAAAGAAAAAGAAAACAACUGAAGAAAAAUCUAAAGAAAUGGUAGCUUCAGAAGGCCAAAUUGUUGGUGGUUCUGACAUGGGGAAGAGGUCAAAGGAUAAGAAGAAAAAGAAAGAUAAGCCUAGUUAUGAUAUACCUGAUGAUGUUAAGCAAUGCAACUUGGAUGAUAAGCUAGGGGCUGUUUCUGCAAGGUUUAAGGAUGUGGACUGUUCAAGAGAUCCUCAAAUCAAGAAUCAUGGCUCCACAUUGAAAGAGAGUGCGACACCAGAUGCAGAUGCAGCUAACAACAACAAGAAAAGUUCCAAAAAAAGAAAACGAUUGGCCUCCGAGGAAAAUGAUUUCCAGCUUGUUGACAAAGAAACAUCUGAAGAACUGAAAUGUACGAAGGCAGAAGGUUUGGAAGAAUCCAAGAGAAGUGAGCAGCAAGCAAAGGCAAAUGGAAACCUUGAGGAAAGUGGAGAGAAACCUGCCUUUCAGAAAAGCAAGAAGCAACGUAAUGGUUCAGUGGAGCCAAAGACAGUUAAUGCAUUUCAGCGGGUAAAAGCUGAUGAGGUGGUAUUCACUGAUGAGAGGCUUAAAGAUAAUUCAUACUGGGCGAAGGAUGGUGCAGAAAGUGGCUAUGGUGCAAAAGCACAAGAAAUUCUUGGGCAAGUUAGGGGACGGGAUUUUCGGCAUGAAAAGACCAAGAAGAAGCGUGGGACUUACAGAGGAGGGCUGAUUGAUUUGCAAUCACACUCGGUUAAGUUCAAUUAUUCGGAUGAUGAAUGACCAGAAAAUUUCUCUGCGAGACAAGUCCUUGUUUUUGGCCCUCAUUUAUUUUGAGCACAUAAAUGGGAGCACUAUUUUUUUCUAAGAACUAUAGUAAUUUUAUGUCGCUGUGUUCUCCUGCCUUACUGUUCCAUAUUCAAACAAAUGUUGAGUUAAUUCAGGACGUGUAUAUCUUUAUUUAAACAAUUUUGGAACUUUGAAUCAUCCGCCCACUUUAGUGCUUUUUAUCUUUUCAUCUUUUCUGCACAUAAGCUUUGAACCCCCACAAUUAUAGAGCUUUUAUUUUUAUUUCUUGGUAAACAGUUGCCUACAACUAUCACCUGUCAUUGCUCAGUGGAUUUUGGAGUAAAUUUUCUUGGCAUUUUUUGUGGGAAGAAAGGAGAUAAGGUUGGGAAUCUAGAUUCUAUGCUGAUUAAGCAAAGGUCAUCAGAUGCUGAUUGUGGUUGCGAAUAAUUGCAAUCUGCCAUAGGGUUGGCACAGUGUAUGUUUAUAUGCCCAAUCGGCAUAUUUUUUUAUUGAACAUUAUUUGAAGGUGGAAUUGUGUAUAGAUUUUGCCUUUUCCUGAAGAUCGGAUAACAGCACGACCGAAGUGAUUAUGGUGUCUUUUCAUCUUACUCUGGCCCCACUAAGAUAUUGGGGUCAAGGUUGAUUACGUUAUGAGGACCCCAGAUUGAAUUUGUUGACUACAAGACCAAUUCUUCCUGUCUCGUUCAUGAUUUUCAAUCUAAAAGAUAAUAGGCCAGACUCGGUCUUUUCCAGUAGGCAUGUUGUUGUGCUUAAAUCACGCUCAAGGGAUCAAAAUUUCCAAAGCCACUUGAGUUGGUAGGUGACAAAUUUCUCUAAGAAAACCGAUAAUGUGAUUGGCAUAUUCCGAAAUCUGGAACAUCAAGGGGCAAUGAAACUGCCAUACGAACCCCAAGCAUUAGGAGUACAACUGCAAUAAUUAUGAUAUGGGUCGUGCUAGCUAUUGUGCUGCUCAUUUGUCACUGCUGAGCAAUACCGCUAGUUCAUUUAGUUUUUUUGUAAGGCUCCGUUUGGAUAAUAAAAGCGUUUUAUCUCAUCUCAUUUUAUUAUUAUAAUUUUUCAAAUUUAGGCUCUUUUAGGGGAAAAAACGCCUCAAGUUAAGAGAGAAAUACACCAAUGUUAUCUUGCAAUAUUUAUUGUCAAUGGUGUAAAUUUUUUAAAUAGCAUUAAAUAUUGCAGAACUUAUCGUGUCUAAUCUUCUUUCACUUGAAGCGUUCAAAUUUGAAUAAUGGUGCGAGAAAAUCUUGAUCUUGUUGGAUUUGUUAUUUAGUUUAUCAUCGAGACGAUUCAUGCACCCAUCUUUCUUUUUGUCGGGGAGGUGACGAUGAGAGCACCUUAAGAAAAGGACUGAUAGACUUUCUUGCCACAGGGUGUGAAAACCUGAGCCGCACUCGCCGAAAGCAAAAGAAAUAAAGAUGAAAAGAGGGUGAAAAGAAAGGUUAACCCACCACCGAAAGAUGGAUGAAUUAUGACGUGAUAAUCAUGUACCUGUAGGACUAUAUUACCAGCAAAGAAAUCAGAUGGAACUUCAACAAGCCACAGGAUUGAUGGCUCUAUCUUCUUGAGCCCUCAUUUCCUUCUUCAGAUUUGUAAGUUUUUCCUAUAUUGUACCACGACUCAGAUAUCACCAAAAAUGGCGUCUUUAGAUCUUUCAAAUCCAGUUUCGGGAAGAUUAAUCAACGCGUGGCAGUGCCAUAUUUCAGGCCGUGACAAACAAGAAAUCAAUGAUCUUGACUUGUGCAAGUGCCAUCUCUCCAGUAACAAUCUUGAGAUUUCAUGCCAACCUCCCAAAGGUAGAAGAGAAACAUCUUUUGCAUUAGACACCAUAUCUGUCACUAGAGGUUACGAGAUGGGGGCUGACAUACUGGAGGACAAGAGAUGGGAUGUUGCCUUCCGACAUUACCAGCACUAAGAAUGCCUGCCACUGAGAACGUCUGGUUCCUGCAGUGUCUCUGCCAAGUGAAAUGGGGGUCAUGUAACUUUCAUGUUGUUGAUAUUAUUCAAUUCAGAUCACAUGAGCCACUUAAUGUAGUAUUUAAGGAAUUAAGAGUACUUUUGGAAUUAGUUAUUUUAUGUUUCCAUGUGUGGAAAGAUUUCUCAAAAUUAUGAUAAUUACCACUGGAGCUAGUUAAAGUUGA